CAGUCGCGGCGCCCGCUCGACAUGCCGGAGGAGGCGGGCUUCCCGCCGGCCAAGAGGUUCCGGCAGGGCUGCGGGCCCCCCGGGGGGCGCGUGCUGAUGCUGCUGACCGCGGGCGGCGGCGGCGGGCGCCGGAGGCCGCAGCCAGCGCUGGCGCAGCCCGCGGCCGGCGUCUACCCCGAGGCGGUGGAGCGGCAGCGCCGGAGCCUGCCCAUCUUCGCGGCGCGGGGGCAGCUGCUGGCCCAGCUCCGGGCCCUGGACAGCGCCGUCCUCAUCGGGGAAACCGGCUCCGGGAAGACGACGCAGCUCCCACAGUACCUCUACGAAGGGGGGUUCGGCCGCCAGGGCGUCAUCGCUGUAACCCAGCCGCGCAGAGUGGCUGCCAUCUCUCUGGCCACUAGAGUCUCCGAUGAGAAGAGAACUGAGCUCGGGAAGCUGGUGGGCUACACCGUGCGCUUCGACGAUGUCAGCUCAGAAGACACCCGGAUCAAGUUCCUGACAGACGGCAUGCUUCUGCGGGAAGCGAUCUCCGACUCUCUGCUGCGCCAGUACAGCUGUGUGGUCUUGGACGAGGCCCACGAGCGGACGGUCCACACUGAUGUGCUCUUCGGGGUGGUGAAGACCGCCCAGAAGAGGAGAAAGGAACUGGGGAAGCCGCCUCUCAAAGUGGUUGUCAUGUCUGCCACCAUGGACGUGGACCUGUUCUCGAAGUACUUCGACGGGGCGCCAGUGCUCUACCUGGAGGGUCGGCAGCAUCCCAUCCAGGUGCUCUACACCAAGCAGCCGCAGCAGGAUUACCUGCACGCAGCGCUCGUCUCCGUCUUCCAGAUCCACCAGGAGGCGCCUCCUUCCCAGGACAUCCUGGUGUUCCUCACGGGGCAGGAGGAGAUCGAAGCCAUGAGCAAGACCUGCCGAGACAUCGCGAAGCACCUCCCGGACGGCUGCCCCCCCGUGCUGGUCCUUCCUCUGUACGCCUCCCUGCCCUAUGCCCAGCAGCUCCGCGUCUUCCAGGCGGCCCCGAAGGGCUGUCGCAAAGUCAUCCUUUCAACCAACAUCGCUGAGACGUCCAUAACCAUCACGGGGAUAAAGCACGUGGUCGACACAGGCAUGGUGAAGGCAAAGACGUAUAAUCCUGACAGUGGCCUGGAGGUGCUCGCCGUGCAGCGUGUGUCCAAGGCCCAGGCAUGGCAGCGCACGGGCCGGGCCGGCAGGGAGGGCAGUGGCGUCUGCUACCGGCUCUACACGGAGGACGAGUUUGAGAAGUUUGAGAAGAUGACCGUGCCGGAGAUCCAGAGGUGCAACCUGGCCAGCGUGCUGCUGCAGCUCCUCGCCAUGAAGGUCCCCGACGUGCUCACCUUCGACUUCAUGUCCAAGCCCUCUCCGGAUCACGUUCAGGCCGCGGUUGCCCAGCUGGACCUGUUAGGUGCUCUCGAACAGAAGGACGGCCAGCUCACCCUGACUCCGGUGGGGAGAAAGAUGGCCGCUUUCCCUUUAGACCCCAAAUUCGCCAAAACCCUCCUCCUGUCCCCCAAGUUCCACUGCACCGAGGAGAUCCUGACUGUCGUCUCCCUCCUGUCGGUGGACAGCGUUCUGUACGACCCUCCCUCCCGGCGGGACGAGGUGCAGGCCGUCCGUAGGAAGUUCGUGUCCAGCGAGGGGGACCAUAUCACGCUGCUCAACAUCUACCGGGCCUUCAAGAACCUGGGCGGAAGUAAGGACUGGUGCAGAGAGAACUUCGUCAACAGCAAGAACAUGGCGCUGGUGGCUGAGGUCCGAGCACAGCUGAGGGACAUCUGCUUGAAGAUGUCCAUGCCAAUGGUGUCCUCCCGCGGGGACGGGGAGAGCAUCCGCCGGUGCCUGGCACACAGCCUGUUCAUGAGCACCGCCGAGCUGCAGCCCGAUGGCACGUACGUCACCACGGACAGCCGGCAGCCGGUGGCCAUCCACCCCUCGUCCGUGCUUUUCCACUGUCGGCCGGCCUGCGUCGUGUACACGGAGCUGCUGCACACCAGCCGCUGCUACAUGCGUGACGUGUGCGUCGUGGAUGCUGACUGGCUGCACGAGGCCGCCCCUGACUACUUCCGGAGGAAGCUGCGGGCCGCCCGCGACUGAGCCCACUGCCCCUGACUGCAGAGCGCCCGACCCCCAGCCCGGAGCGCAGAGCCCGGUCCCAGCAGGGUUCCCCGCCUGCCACGUGGGGGCGCAGGGAUGGCCCUUGCAGGGUCUGGCUCAGGUGGCUUCAGCGGGUGCGUGACUGGGACACGCAGGCUGUCCCGCCCCGUGUGCUGCUCUCUAACGUGAGACUCCCCAAGUCCUUGUGAUGGGGCCAGGUUUCCCGGGAGAGGACUCCGGGGUCGCAGAGCUCAGCUGUCCCUGGAUGUGUCCUAAGGUCUGUA